AUGGAACCACAUAAAUCGCCUACAGGAACAAAAGGAUCCAGAAAGUCAACGCACGAGGAGCUCUUGGCCGCCUCGCAUGCCGUUGAACAGGAGAUCAACGCCGUGAAAGCCCUGAAACGACUCUCUAUUGGCAACAACCUAAGCUACGAUCCAGACCUACCUUAUAGCGAGUCGGAGAAACUGGACUUUGAUAUAAUAGACAUACACAACGAUAAGGAGAAUCAAACACCGAUCGACGAUGAACUGGAUCAGGAUCACAUAUUGCCAGAUGCCAACAAGUUCAUGUGGGUGCCGGCCACGGCACAUCCCCAGCUAGCUCCGGAGAAAUUCCGAAAACACGUUCAGGCCACAGUCGACGAGAUCACGUCCAAACUACAACGUUCCGCGUCGUCGCGUUCUUCUCUUUCUCACGAAACCCGUGACUCCCAGACCGACUUGGAAAAGCCUGCGGAGCUUAACAGAACCGAUGCUGGCCUCCACAGGAAGCCGUCUAUCAAGCAGCUCACAAAGGAGUUGGAGUCACUUUCCCAGAUGGCUGGACUUGACGACACGGACGCAGUCACGCUUGCCCGGACCCUUUCCUCGUCGUCCUGGAAACUUAAAGAAAAUUUUGACACUGUGUCCUCGCUUUCGCGCAAGUCAUCUGCGUCCAGCGUUGACUCGGAGCUUGAUUUGCCUGGAACACAACUGAAGAGAUCAAAAUGGACAACAUAUAGGAGGGGUUCUCGAUCAUCGCGAGCCACGCCUCAAUCACCACAUAUUCUAGCCAACUCUUCACCCUCGGCAUCUCCAGAUCAUACUAAAUCAAAGACUCUCCCGCAUACUCAUAGUUCAAAGGCUGCCAUCUUGGCUGCUCCAACUUCCGCAACCGUCUCGCCAGAAAUCCUGCCGCCCGCUUCAUCAAAGGCACCUACAAGCUCUCUUCCUCCACUUCCUGUGGAGAAGAACUCACCACUACCUCCUUUACCCAAAGAGCAGCCUGUCCAGACAGCUCCGCCCGUGAAAUCGCCGCCUCAAACCCCAGAAAAACCUAUUGAACAAAAAACUAGCAGAAAGUCAAGCUGGACUUGGCUCAGCGGCAAUAAGGACAAGGAGAAAAAAGAAAAAGAGCGGUCUCCUCCAAACCACUCACGCAACAGACAUGGCACGGCUUCUGACGUGGUGUCCAUUCAAACUGUAGAGUCUCCUUUCCCGUCACCUCCUCGUGAACAAGAAAAAGAGAAGAAAAGCCUGAGUGGAUUUUUCAAGCUCAAGAAGGAUAAACCUAAAUCGACAGAGAAGUCGGCUCCACCAGAAACCCUCUCUGAUUCGGAUAAUGAAAGUAUCACGGAUAAGCGAAUACUGAAUUUGAGGAAGAAAAAAGAAGAGCCGCAGCCGGAGCACGUUGUUAAACAACCACGUCCAGCAUUACAGCAACAUGCUCCUCCUAUACCAGAACCUCCCCUUGACGCGGUCUCUGAGAACAUUAAGCAAACGUUGAUGUCUCAGAGACGCAACACAAAGCCCAACCAGCCUCUCCAAAUGACUGACUCUGCCUUUGGCUUUCCCUUGCCCCCUAUAUCUCCUUCUACAUUGGUGAUGUUGAGCCAUCGCUUUCCAAUACAUGUGGAGCGCGCUGUUUAUCGAUUGAGCCAUCUGAAGCUAUCAGACCCAAAGAGGCCUCUUUGCCAACAAGUAUUGUUGAGUAACUUCAUGUAUGCUUACCUCAACUUGGUCAACCACACUCUAUUCUUGCAACAGCAGGAGGAAACAUAUGCCCAACCUGUGGAGGAAGACAAUUUCGUAGAACCAGUUGAGGAGUAUGCUUUUGACGACGUUUACGGGGGGUAUACUGAGGAGGUAGUUUAUGAACAUUGA